UCACUUUAUUGGAUGACUUAGUUGACGCAUCAGAAUAUAUAAAAAGCCCCGUCUCUCAUCGUAACAGUCAGAGGGCAAGCUGUGUGGGGGCUGCAUGAAAGCAGCAUGAGGUUUCUUAUAAUAUUGGCUGCGGCCCUAGCGGUGGUUAGGGGCGGAUCCUAUGGAGGGGGAUACGGUCAUAAGGGGCAUGGCGGUGUACACUAUGAUGUUCCUGUUGGUGCCGGCAUAGGCCUAGGAGCCGGUUUAGGAGGAGGCUACAUGACAGGAGGCGGCCUUGGCGGUGGUGUAGGAGGGGGUUAUGUCGGCGCAGGCGGUCUUGGAGGCGGUGUAGGAGGAGGCUACAUUUCAGCAGGCGGUUUAGGGGGCGGCUAUGCCGGAGGAGUCGGUCUUGGAGCCGGUAUGGGAGGGGGCUAUGCCGGAGGAGUCGGUCUUGGAGCCGGUAUGGGAGGGGGCUAUGCCGGAGGAGUCGGUCUUGGAGGGGAUAUUGGAGUCGUAGAGGAUAUAUAUGUUGGGGGUGCCGGGGGACUCGGUGGUGUGGGUGGUGUCGAUGUCUAUACCGGAGGCGACGGCAGAGGACUGUACGAUACGGAAAUAUACGAUACCGGCGUCGGAGGCUAUGAUGUAGACUAUGAUUAUUACGGUGGUAUGGGUGGAUAUGGAGCAGGCUUAGGAUAUGGAAACGAGGUCACAGUUCUCACCAGAGCUGACCGAGGAAUAUUUGAACCCUUAUUGAGCAGAUUUACGGGACCUAGAUACGAGCUUGAGAGAGGUGUCGUUCUCAAUGGAGGCAUCGGUGGCGGUUACGGCUAUGGUCCAGAAAUCAUUAGUGACGUUGAAUACACCGUUGGUGACGGCGGCUAUUACCCAGCAGGCGGAUUAACAGUUGGAGGUGGCGGACUCUACAGUGGCGGAUUAACAGUUGGAGGUGGCGGUAUGUACGGUGGAACAGUAGUGGGGGGAGGCCCAGUCUACGGAGGAGGUGCUGUUGUAGGCGCUCCAGUCGGUGGUGUAGUUUCUACUGGCCCAGUUUACGGCGGAGCUGUAGUAGGGGGAGGCCCAGUUUACGGCGGAGGUGCUGUUGUAGGCGCCCCAGUCGGUGGUGUAGUUGCUGCUGGACCAGUUUAUGGAGGAGGUGGUAUUGUAGGAGGAGGUGGCGUUGUAGGCGGUGGCUAUCCUGUCAUUGGUGGCCCUGUGGUUGUUGGUGGAUACGGACCAGGUGUUGCUGGAGCCACCGUCGGCGCUGCGGUCGGUAACACUGUUGGUGGUGCCAUUAACACCGUAGGAAAUGUUGCAGGUGCCGCCGUCAAUACCGUGGGUAAUGUUGCUGGUGCUGCCCUUGAUGGUACCGUCAACUUUGCCAAUAAUGUAGCGGGUGGAAUCCAGGCAGGUCUGGGAAAAUAAGCUUUCAGAUCUCCUGUACCUUUGUGAAUCAAAACUCACAAAAAAUGACUAGGACUUUCUAUUCGACUUUCCUCGACGUUUUUCCCUUUUCCUAUUAUACAUCCAUCUGUGAUUACGGGCAGUCAAUACUAUAAUAAACUUUUUUCUAAUACAAAA